AUGCUCUCCUUUCUACUGGCCUUCUGUAUCUAUCCGACGGUGGCACAGCGAGUACGAGAAGUAAUCUGGGCGGGCGACUACGAGAGAAUGCUAUACGAGAAGCUAACUAUGGGUUACAAUCGAUUGGCCCGACCGGUGAAGAAUGACACGGAGCCAGUCAUCGUGCUUCUCGGCAUCGAUUUUCAGCAAAUAAUUGAUAUCGAUGAGAAGAGCCAAAUAAUGCACUCGAAUGUCUGGCUCAGAAUGAGUUGGACAGACCACUAUUUGACGUGGGACCCGGCCCAAUUCGGCAACAUCAAAGAGGUCCGACUGCCGAUUGGAUCUAUAUGGAAACCAGUUCUGCAUCGCAACUGG